AUGCCACCAUUGGCCAUUGCCAUUGCCAUUGCCAUGGAAUCACCUCUGCAGAAGCAGCAGUCGUCGUCGUCGUCGUGGCGGGCUGCGGCAGCCAGCUUCAGGGAGAGCCUGUCCCGCUCGCUCUCCCUCAACCAGCUGCAACACGAGCAUCAGGACAAGGAUGACGAGGUUGAGCUGAGAUGGGCGGGCGUCGAGAGGCUGCCCACCUUGGACAGGCUUCACACCUCGCUGCUCCUCCACACAGACCAAGACCGUGUCCAGGUGGUGGACAACCUCAUCGCCAACGUCCACCGCGACAACCUCCGCCUGCUCCGCAAGCAGCGCCAGAGGAUGGACAGGAUCGGCGUCCGCCCGCCCACGGUGGAGGUGCGCUGGCGCGACGUCUGCGUCGAGGCGGAAUGCCAGGUGGUGCAGGGGAAGCCGCUCCCCACCAUCUGGAACGCCGUCAUCUCCAACCUCUCUGUAUGCUCCACCAUGCUGGGCCUCAACCUCAACCGGCAGCAAGCCAGGAUCCGCAUCCUCAGCGGCGUCGUCAAGCCUUCCAGGCUGACGCUGCUCCUGGGACCCCCUGGCUGCGGCAAGACCACCCUCCUCAAGGCGCUCGCGGGGAAGCUCAACAACGCCAGUCUCAGGGUCACAGGAGACAUAGAGUACAAUGGUGUGGAGCUGAAGCACUUCGUCCCGGAGAAGACCGCAGCUUACAUCGAUCAGUACGACCUUCAUGUCCCUGAGAUGACUGUCAGAGAGACUAUCGACUUCUCUGCAAGAUUCCAAGGCGUUGGCAACAGAGCAGAAAUCAUGGAGGAGGUGAUUAGAAGGGAGAAGGCGGCCGGGAUUACCCCUGACCCUGAUGUCGACACUUAUAUGAAGGCGAUAUCUGUCGAAGGUUUAGAAACGAGCAUGCAAACAGACUACAUUAUGAAGAUCAUGGGACUUGACAUAUGUGCUGACAUAAUGGUGGGAGAUGCAAUGAGAAGAGGUAUUUCAGGCGGUGAGAAGAAGAGACUUACCACAGGAAAAAUUGUGUACCAUGGAUCUAAGAGUUGCAUUAUGAGUUUCUUUGAAUCAUGUGGAUUCAAGUGCCCUGAUAGGAAAGGUGCUGCUGACUUUCUCCAAGAGGUCAAAAAGGACCAACAACAAUAUUGGAUCAGCUGCGGAGAAACAUACAAUUUUGUUACUGUUGACCAGUUGUGCGACAAGUUUAGAGUGUCUCAAAUUGGUCAAAGUCUUGCUGGAGAUAUUUCAAAACCUUAUGACAAAUCAAAAGGGCAUAAAAAUGCAUUGUCCUACAGUAUCUACUCGUUAUCCAAGUGGGACCUCCUCAAAGCAUGUUUUGCAAGGGAGCUUCUCCUCAUGAAACGGAAUGCCUUCAUCUACAUAACAAAAACUGUUCAGCUUGCAUUACUUGCCGCUAUUACUGGGACAGUAUUUUUGCGCACACAUAUGGGUAUUGAUAGAGUUCAUGCUAAUUAUUACAUGGGUUCGCUCUUCUAUGCACUCCUCCUGCUGAUGGUGAAUGGAUUCCCUGAGCUUGCCAUGGCAAUUAGUAGACUUCCAGUCUUCUACAAACAAAGAGACUAUUACUUCUACCCUUCAUGGGCGUAUGCAGUACCAGCUUUUAUCCUAAAGUUCACGGUAUCUGGUGUGACACUUGGACGAAGGAUAUUAAUGGAUAGAGGGUUGAACUUCUCCAGCUACUUCUACUGGAUUUCAGUUGGAGCAUUAAUUGGGUUCAUUUUGUUAUUCAAUAUAGGCUUUGCCUUUGGCUUGACUAUUAGAAAGCGAAGGAUGGUAUUACCUUUCACACCCCUUGCAAUAUCAUUUCAGGAUGUGAACUACUACGUGGACACACCUGUGGAAAUGAGGGAGCAAGGUUACAUGGAGAGAAAAAUUCAACUACUCCACAACAUCACAGGAGCCUUCCAACCAGGAGUCCUUUCAGCACUCAUGGGGGUUACUGGGGCAGGGAAAACAACCUUGCUUGAUGUUCUUGUUGGGAGGAAAACUGGUGGUGUUAUAGAAGGAGAUAUAAGAAUAGGAGGUUAUCCUAAAGUUCAACAAACCUUUGCUAGGAUAUCAGGUUACUGUGAACAAACUGAUGUUCAUUCCCCACAGAUCACAGUGGGUGAGUCUGUUGCAUAUUCAGCCUGGUUGCGCCUUCCUAUAGAAAUCAACUCCAAAACCCAAAAUGAAUUUGUCAAUCAAGUUCUAGAAACAAUUGAGUUGGAUGAAAUAAGAGAUGCUUUGGUUGGGAUACCAGGCAUAAAUGGACUAUCUACAGAGCAAUGGAAGCGGCUCACAACAGCAGUUGAGCUUGUAUCUAACCCUUCAAUCAUAUUCAUGGAUGAGCCAACAUCAGGCUUGGAUGCAAGGGCAGCUGCUAUUGUCAUGCGUGCGGUAAAGAACGCUGCGGACACAGGUCGAACAGUUGUGUGCAUCAUUCACCAACCAAGUAUCGAAAUAUUUGAGUCAUUUGACGAGGCUUGUGCUAUUGUAACCAUUUAA